AUGGAACAUGAUGCUGCACCUGUUUCCAACACAAAUGAUGCUGUAACUGUUUUCAACCCAAAUGAUGCUGCUAUUGUGUCCAACCCAAAUGAGGCUGCUACUGUUACCAACCCAAAUGAUGCUGCAACUGUUACCAACCCAAAUAAUGCUGCUUCUGUGUCCAACCCAAGUGAUGCUGCAACUGUUACCUACCCAAAUAAUGCUGUAACUGUUUUCAACCCAAAUAAUGCUGUAACUGUUACCAACCCAAAUGAUGCUGCUACUGUGUCCAACCCAAAUGAUGCUGCAACUGUUACCAACCCAAAUGAAGCUGUAACAGUUUCCAACCCAAAUGGUGCCGUAAUAUUUACCCACCAAAAUGAGGCUGCAAUAGCUACCAACCUAAAUGAUGCUGUAAAAGAUGCCAACCCAAAUAAUGCUGCAACUUUUACCAACACAAAUGAUGACACAUCAGUUUCCAACCCACAUGACGCUACAACUGUUACCAACACAAAUGAUGCUGCAACUGUAACCAACACACAUCAGAUGUUUGAGACAAACCUAUAUUUGGAUGUCUCCCAUGUUAUAAGUUUUAAAAACUUUGAGAAUGCCUAG